AUGUCAAAACUACAAGUGCUUUUCAAUUCAGCAAUACAGCCUCUUCCUGCAAUCGAAGACCAAAGCUUCGCAUCCGAUUUCGAUAGCUUCGCAGGCAAGCAAGUAAUGCUGUUAGGAGAUGGCAGCCACGAAACAUCUGAAUUCUACUCCGCACGAGCAGAAAUCACCAAGCGAUUGAUCGAACGACAUGGCUACACAAUGGUCGCAGUGGAAGCAGACUGGCCGGACGCAGAAGCGAUCAAUCGAUACGUGCGCCUGCGUCCCGGGCCAAAGUCACAACUUGGAGGCAUCGCCAAGGGAUACGAGCGCCCUUCAACAGAUUUCCAACAUGGAUGUGGAGUAACUCUUGAAAUGCAGCAGCUGGUAGAAUGGAUGCGUGAUCGAAAUCAGCGGCUGCCACCCGAGAGAAGGGCUGGUUUCUAUGAGCUGGAUCUGUACAGCAUGGGAGCCUCCAUCGGUGCUGUGAUUGAUUACUUGGAUCGAGUAGAUACACAAGCGAGCAAGCAAGCUCGGAGACGGUACGAAUGUCUGGAGCCUUGGAUUGAUGAUCCUACGCGUGGUCUGCGUGACGGCGAUGAGUAUCACAGCGGUGAGCAGAAUGCUUAUUUGAUUCGUGAUGCUGAGAAAAACUACAAGGCCAUGUAUUACAGCUCCGCGAGCUCGUGGAACUUGCGUGCCAUUCAUAUGUUUGAGACAUUGGAGCGACUAUUGCAGCAUCAUGAAGGACAGAAGGCCAUUGUUAUGGGCUUCCGCCGUAAGGAACUGAACAUUGGACAGCUUUGUCGUGAACGACUAGGUCGUGAGAAUGUCACUAUCCUCGGCUGUGGCACCCAUACUGGAACAGUCGCGGCUGCCCAUGAAUGGGACGAUGAUAGUUGGGAGAUAAUCGCCCAUGAUACUGAAGUACCCAGUUUUGUGUUGGACUUACGUCAAAAUCGUAUAGAUACAUCUCUGCGAGCUGCCCUAGCUGCUGAACAGCGGCUGCAGCGAUUUAUUGGGGUUAUUUAUCGGCCUGAUACCGAGCGUAUCUCCCACUACUCGCAGGUCUUUCUUCAUAAGCAAUUCGAUGGUUAUAUCUGGUUUGAUGAGACUCAGGCUGUCAGUUCUCUUGAGGUUGUUCAACCUGAUACGCCGCUUGGAAAGGGGGAGACAUAUCCGUUUGGACUAUAA